AUGAUGAACUUCCUGAGGCGCCGACUGUCGGACAGCAGCUUCAUCGCCAACCUGCCCAAUGGCUACAUGACCGACCUGCAGCGGCCCGAGCCCCAGCAGCCGCCGCCGCCGCCCCCCGGUCCCGGCGCGGCCUCGGCCUCCUCGGCGCCCCCGGCCGCCUCGCCGGGCCCCGAGCGGAGGCCGCCGCCAGCCCCGGCCCCGGCGCCCGCGCCGCAACCCGCGCCGCAGGCUGCCGCGGCGCCGUCGGUGGGCAGCAGCUUCUUCAGCUCGCUGUCCCAAGCCGUGAAGCAGACUGCCGCCUCGGCCGGCCUGGUGGACGCGCCAGCGCCCGCGCCCGCCGCCGCCAGGAAGGCCAAGGUGCUGCUGGUCGUCGACGAGCCGCACACCGACUGGGCCAAGUGCUUCCGGGGUAAAAAAGUCCUUGGAGAUUAUGACAUCAAAGUGGAACAGGCGGCAUUUUCAGAGCUCAACCUGGUGGCCCAUGCAGAUGGGACCUAUGCUGUGGAUAUGCAGGUGCUCCGGAAUGGCACAAAGGUUGUCCGGUCCUUCCGGCCAGACUUUGUGCUUAUCCGGCAGCAUGCAUUCGGCAUGGCAGAGAAUGAGGACUUCCGCCACCUUGUCAUUGGCAUGCAGUACGCAGGCCUCCCCAGCAUCAACUCACUGGAAUCCAUUUACAACUUCUGUGACAAGCCAUGGGUGUUUGCCCAGCUGGUGGCCAUCUACAAGACAUUGGGAGGAGAAAAGUUCCCACUCAUUGAGCAGACAUACUACCCCAACCAUAAAGAGAUGCUGACACUGCCCACAUUCCCUGUGGUGGUGAAGAUUGGCCAUGCUCACUCAGGCAUGGGCAAGGUCAAAGUGGAAAACCAUUACGACUUCCAGGACAUUGCUAGUGUGGUGGCCCUCACCCAGACAUAUGCCACAGCAGAGCCUUUUAUUGACGCCAAGUAUGAUAUCCGGGUCCAGAAGAUAGGCAACAACUACAAGGCUUAUAUGAGGACAUCGAUCUCAGGGAACUGGAAGACAAACACUGGCUCUGCAAUGCUGGAGCAGAUCGCCAUGUCAGACAGGUACAAGCUGUGGGUGGACACCUGUUCUGAGAUGUUUGGUGGCCUGGACAUCUGUGCUGUCAAAGCUGUACAUGGCAAAGAUGGGAAAGACUACAUUUUUGAGGUCAUGGACUGCAGUAUGCCACUGAUUGGUGAACACCAGGUGGAGGACAGACAACUCAUCACUGAGCUAGUUAUUAGCAAGAUGAACCAGCUGCUGUCCAGGACCCCUGUCCUGUCCCCUCAGAGACCCUUAACCACCCAGCAGCCACAGAGUGGAACACUUAAGGAUCCGGACUCGAGCAAGACCCCACCUCAGCGGCCAGCCCCCCAAGGGGGCCCUGGGCAACCCCAAGGAAUGCAACCCCCAGGCAAGGUGAUGCCUCCACGCCGGCCUCCCCCUGGACCAUCACUGCCACCUUCCUCCUCUUCCUCCUCCUCCUCUUCUUCCUCCACCACCCACGGAGAUGCACCCUCCAGCAGCAGCUCCCUGGCAGAGGCCCAGCCACCCCCGGCUGCUCCACCACAGAAGCCCCAGCCUCACCCACAGCUCAACAAGUCGCAGUCCCUGACAAAUGCCUUCAGCUUCUCUGAGUCCUCCUUCUUCCAGUCUUCAGCCAAUGAGGAUGAAGCCAAAGCGGAGACCAUCCGGAGCUUGAGGAAGUCCUUUGCCAGCCUCUUUUCAGAUUAG